AUGUCGAUGGUCCGCAUGCUUGCGCACUCUGAUAUCACGACCGCUCCGGAGGCCGUGGUCGACAUCAUCAACCAGUAUGAGAUUGUUCGACCAAAUCUCCAGACUCAUACGGAUGGCAGUUUCCCGACUGCCUCAUACUUGCUCGAGAGACUUAAGAGCGGACCCAAGCUAUACGGUAUGUAUGCUCUGGAGGCGCUGAAGGCAAAUGGCACUCUGUCAGAUGGCGCAAAACUACUCAUCAGUGUGGUCGAUGCCUCAAGCCAAAGGCUCUAUGUCCAAGCAUGGGGUGGAGUCAACACGCUUGCAGAAGCACUGUGGUAUGUGCAAGCAUACCGCUGCACUGGGGACGUGGCGACUUUCGUCAGCAAGCUCAGUGUGUAUACUAUCUCCGAUCAAGACGACAAGUUCUGGAUCCGACAUACAUUUCCCAGCAUUAGAUAG